UACAGUCUGUGGAGGGGCUUACAUGUUUGCGACCACAGUCGACAGUGUGGACUUCUAGCCUGCCGAGUGUGAUGAGAGUACAUCGGAAAUGCGCUGACAGUGUUAAGAAAACGAUCGUGACCCCUUUGCUGACACUAUUGAGCCGUUUCAUUUGUAGGUAGGGCGCGCGGAAUUACGGUUCCUCCGUUGCCACGGUUAUUACCUCCAGCUCAGCGCGUGCAGCGGGGAGAGAAGAGACUUUGGUAGAGAGAGGAGGUCUGCGAUUUCAGUUUGUCUGUACUAUGGGCACAUUGUGUGGAAACUGACGGAUGCGCGUCAGAUUAUCUGGUUGGAAUUUGGCUGUCUUGGCGUCGCCAAUGCAAAAGGAAAUAUGCAGCGAAGCUUCGCCUUUCUCCUUACCAGUUUUGCCGGCUUUUGCGUAGGAACUGGAUUUCCAGGUGUUAUUAAUAUAGGAGGAUUGUUCCCCACCGGGUCUCACGAAUAUGAGGUUUUUCGAUUUGCGCUUUCUCGACAUCAGGAUAUCCCUAAACUGGUACCACAAGUGGAUAUGGUGGACACGGGGAGCAGCUUUGCCAUGACAUACGCAUUCUGCUCCCAGUUCUCCAAAGGGGUCUACGCCAUCAUCGGCCUGUACGACAAGAAGACCAUGAACAUGCUGAUGUCCUUCUGCGGGGCGCUCCACGUCUGCUUCGUCACGCCCAGCUUCCCCAUUGACACCAACAACCAGUUUGUCAUCCAGCUGCGGCCGGAGCUGCAGGAGGCCCUCAUAGACCUGGUGGAGCACUACAAGUGGACCAAGUUUGUCUAUAUGUACAGCUCCGACUCAGGUCUGACAGUCCUGCAGAAGAUCCUGGACACGGCGGCCGAAAAGACGUGGAAGGUAACCUCGGUGAACCUUGACAGCCUGACAGAGGCAGCCUUUCUGAAGGUCGUGCAGGACCUGGAUAUUAAAAAGGACUACCGCGUCAUCUUGGACUGCGAGCUGGAGAGGCUCAACUCCAUCCUGAACUUGAUUGCAGUGACGAAGAAAAACCUCAAAACCUACCACUUCAUCCUGGCCAACCUGGGCUUCAUGGACCUGAAUCUAACAGAGUUCCAGAAGGCAGGGGCUAAUGUGACGGGCUUUCAGCUGAUGAACUACACAGCCCCCCUCGUUAGCAGCACCAUACAAGACUGGCUGGAGUUUGACAGCAAAGACCUUAAAGUUCCCAAGAGAAGACUAAAGUACACCGGUGCGCUCACCUACGACGGGGUGACCGUGAUGGCCACCGCCUUCCAGAACCUCCGAAAGCAGCGCAUUGACAUCUCACGGCGAGGCAACGCUGGGGAGUGCCUGGCCAACCCCCCGGCUCCCUGGGGACAGGGCAUAGACAUCCAGAGAGCCUUGCAGCAGGUUCAAUUUGAGGGAAUAACGGGUCAUGUCCAGUUCAACGAGAAAGGCCAUCGGACCAAUUUCACCGUUGACGUGAUGGAGCUGAGACCGACGGGUCCUCGAAAGGUGGGCUACUGGAAUGAAAAAUAUGUUCACACGGCGACGUAUUACGCUGCCAAUGAGACAACACUCCUGAACAAGACAUUCGUCGUCACCACCAUACUUGAGUCUCCCUACGUUAUGCUGAAGAAGAACCAUGAGGCCUUUGAAGGUAACGAUAAGUACGAGGGCUACUGUGUGGAGCUGGCCGCCGAGAUCGCGCGCCACGCCGGCUACAACUACACCCUGGAGAUUGUGGGCGACGGGAAGUACGGCGCGUUAGAUGCAGAGACGCAGAUGUGGAACGGCAUGGUGGGAGAGCUGGUCUAUGGGAAAGCCGAUAUUGCAGUGGCCCCCCUGACAAUCACGCUCGUCCGAGAGCAGGUCAUCGACUUCACCAAGCCCUUCAUGAGCCUGGGCAUCUCCAUCAUGAUCAAAAAGCCCACCAAGUCCAAGCCGGGGGUCUUCUCCUUCCUGGACCCGCUGGCCUACGAGAUCUGGAUGUGCAUCGUCUUCGCCUACAUCGGCGUUAGCGUGGUGCUCUUCCUGGUCAGCCGCUUCAGCCCCUACGAGUGGCACGCGGACGACGAGGAGGACGGGGCCAACGAGGGACAGGGCGGUGGCCACGGCCAGAACCAGCCGUCCUCGCCCCAGUCGGGCCAGUCGCCAGCACAGCAAGGCCAGGGCCAGCAGCAGCAACAAGGGGAGCACACCAACGAGUUUGGGAUUUUUAACAGCCUCUGGUUCUCCCUGGGCGCCUUCAUGCAGCAGGGAUGCGACAUCUCACCGAGAUCUCUCUCAGGCCGUAUAGUGGGGGGAGUGUGGUGGUUCUUCACCCUCAUCAUCAUCUCCUCCUACACGGCUAACCUGGCGGCCUUCCUCACCGUGGAGAGGAUGGUGUCCCCCAUCGAGAGUGCAGAGGACCUGGCCAAGCAGACGGAGAUCGCCUACGGCACCCUGGACGCUGGAUCCACCAAGGAGUUCUUUAGGAGGUCAAAGAUUGCCGUGUUUGAGAAGAUGUGGUCGUACAUGAAGUCGGCCGACCCCUCGGUGUUCGUCAAGUCGACGAACGACGGCGUGGCCCGCGUGCGGAAGUCCAAGGGCAAGUACGCCUACCUACUGGAGUCCACCAUGAACGAGUACAUCGAGCAACGCAAGCCCUGCGACACCAUGAAGGUCGGGGGUAACCUAGACUCAAAGGGCUAUGGGGUAGCCACCCCCAAGGGAUCCUCUUUAAGAAUCCCCGUAAACCUAGCGGUGUUGAAACUCAAUGAGCAAGCCGUCUUAGACAAAAUGAAAAACAAAUGGUGGUACGAUAAAGGGGAGUGUGGAAGCAAGGACUCCGGAAGAAAGGAUAAGACAAGCGCUCUGAGCCUCAGCAAUGUGGCCGGAGUCUUCUACAUCCUCAUCGGAGGCCUGGGGCUCGCUAUGCUCGUGGCCUUGGUCGAGUUCUGUUACAAGUCCAGACUCGAGUCGCAAAGAAUGAAGCAAAUCAUUGACGCGGCCAUGCUGAGCUCCACGCUAAGUCGCAUCAGCGGCUCGGGGAGCGGCGGUGGCGAGAACGGCCGCGUGGUCACACACGACUUCCCCAAAGCCUCACAGACUCUCCCCUGCGGCAUGGGCCAAGCAGCCGGCAUGGGCCUGAGCACCACGGGCAUGUAACGGGCACCGCACCCCACCGCACCGCGCUCAGCUCAGCUCAGCUCAAUGCCGGUCGGGCGCACACUGCGGAGAGAGAAUGGGAAAACGAGAGUGAGAGGAGAGAAAGAUAAGAGAGAGAAGAGAGUUUGUGUGAGGAAAAUGGAGCGAGAGAGAGAGAGAGGGAGAGGAAAAAAAUGUUGCACUGCGGUAUUCCGCUCACCCGCCACUACUGAACUACUGCCAAAUGGAUUCACUGACUGCGCUCUUUGGAUUCCUACAGGAAAGAUGAAGGGGAGGAUCUCCAUUUUUUUUCAAAAAAAAUAAAAAAAUAAAAUAAUAUAAAAAUAGAUAAACAAAACAAAAGUUUGGAACUCUUCUGCUGCAAUAAAGGAGCCGUUUGGGACUUUUUAAAAAAGGCAUACACACUUUUGUGAGUUGGUGGGGGGGAGUUGCCCCAAAAAAAUGGUGACUCUUGCACUAUGCCAGACAUGUUUUCUCUUCUCUUUUCCUUUGCUAUUUGAAAUAGUCAUGUGAAAAUACUCUGUGUGGUCUGCCUUACCUUUUUCGUCUUCAUACUCAACACCAACACUUUGGGCUAAUCGUUCCGCAUCCCAAAUUAUUAUUUUUUUAAAUUUCUUUUCUGGUCACAUCAAGCCCACUUGUAAUUCAAGGCCAUACGCAGUGGAAACAUGAUAUGUUUGUUUAUUUUUGGGAACUGGAGGUUGAGAGCAGAUGUGUUGGCUAGUUAAGGCUUAUUCGACUGCACAUGAUCAAUGUCAUGAUGUCUUCCAUCCUAAUGUACUUUUGUGUGUUACAUUGUUGCAUUCUCCCACCCAUAUCAAAUUGAAAAAAAAGAAGUCUCACUGAGAACGUGGCGCCCUGCUCCUCCUGAAAGCAUUUUUUCUUGUCUGAUAACCUCCUAAGAUUUCUUUUUCAACUAAGAAGGGACUUAUUGUUAGGAAAGCUAUUCUUCUUCAUUAGUGUUUGUCACUUGUUGAUAGAUGUGUCCCUCCCCAAGAGCAGUGCUGACAUGAAUCAUUUGUGACUUUGCGAGAGACUGUGCCCAAAAUGCCUGCCUGACUUUGUGUGGCUCUUGUGUGAGACACAGAGGUGUGAUGGGAGGGACAAAAGGGUCAGUUG